AUGUCAAAAGGAAAAGGUUUCUGCUAUUACUAUUGUCUACUCAUAUCAAUCUUCGGAUGUCUCUUUUUGGUGAGUGUUAUUUAGACUUACAUAGCUUUACUCUGCGCUUUUGACGUGAAAGAGCUUGAUGUGGAAGAUAAAACAGAAUAUACAGGAACAGUAUUUAUUUCAGCUGGUGUUUAUGAAGUUAUCGUGGCUAUAUUGGUAAUUUAUGGAUUUAUCACUUCUAGGCGUGCAGGAAAUGUCUCAGGAAAUGGGUAUCAGCGUAUAGAAGAUGAAAAGUAA